GCCGCCGCCGUUUAAAGAUGGCGGCGCGCUGUGCGGGUGUCGUUUGCUAGCGUGGACGGCUCGUUUGUUUCGGACUGGAGGCUUUAUUAAAGGGAAUUCGGCCGGUUUUGAGGGAUCCCAAGGCGUCGGGUGAGAUAACGAAUUGCGCUGCCUCCUGUCGGUCAAGUGGUCCGUCGUGUCAGCUGCUGAUCAUCCGCGGCGAUCAGCCAUCCUGAAAAAGAAAGUUAUAGCUGCGUAAUCCUGAGCCGUCCUGGACUGAACGUUCCAAGGCUGACUUGGUGUUACUGUGAGUCGGAAAAAAAGAAAAGGCUUAAAGAUGACUUGGUACGACCUCUCCGCCUUCGUGGACCAGCGCGAACAGCUGCUGGAGGAGUCCUUCCAAGCCCUGUCUCCCGACGAGCUGGGCAUACUCACUCCGGUGGAACUCCAGCACAUACCGAUGGAAGAACUCAAGGCGCUGUGUCUGGAUCAACUGCAUAAGCUACCGAACGAGAGAGUCCUGGCAAUCUUACAAGAUCCGCUGGUCAAGCUUCUCAACCCAGGGCCACGUGAAGACAGCGUCGGACCGUCGCGCCUGCAAGGACUCUUGGGCCACCGUGUGCAGAACAGAGACAACAUUGAAAAGGAGUACCGGGACAUCUCGACCAUGUGCACCACGGCCCAGAUGGAAAUCCUGGAACUGGAGCUGCGCGCACGAGCCAUCCGGUCCCUGAUGCAGGCGCAGGGCCAGAAGGCCACGUCAUCGUCGUCACCAUCAUCGUCGAAGAAGCAACAGUGACCACCGACAUCGCCCACACCCGAAACCAUGAAGACCCCGACGGAAGCAAGACUUACGAAACACAAGACGCCCUAAAAUUCCAUAUCGCGUGCUUCUUUUCUUAUUUGUUUAUGUCUAUAGGCGUUAUUAGAGAGCUUUCGUCGCUGCAGUUCAUCUGUAAAAAAAACUUCAAGGAAUCGUUUUUUUUUUUCCUUUGAUGUCAUCUUUGCGCGCGCUUUGUCUCUUUUUCUAAGUUCAUUAAAUCCCGGAUUUUCUGCGUGAUAAAACUAGGUUGGCUAUGCUGCUCAUUACGGUAAAACUCUUGGUUGUGGGGCGUACAGGACACUACUGCAUUUUUUUAAUCUGUGCGCGAAUGUGAUUUGAUCGGUAUGCUGCGAAUAGGCAGGCGGGUGUCUUACUAGGGGGUUUCCGCUGUAGUUUCAAUGAAUCACUUUUUUUCGCUUCUUGGUAAUGAUAUUGGAUACUCCGCCGAAGCCUUUGCGCGUGCCUCGUAUUGGUAUCGUUAUCGGAGCGCUCAAACGAUCUACUAAAAUUCCCUAAUGCCUAGUAUUUUUUUGUUAUGGUUACGUGGCCGUGUCUAUCCUUUUUAAAACUGCAGCUUGUGAGCUGUGAAGUAAGCUGUGAAGAAGUCAAUAACGUGUCUAUUCGUACUUCUGUUAUCUUCGCCCGUGUCUAAAUCAUGAAAUAAUUAGAUACAUCACUCUCUCCCUUUUACUCUAAUAUCACCGAAGCAUGUAACGAGUUAUUGAGUGCUACUCUGGUGGGUCCAAGCUACUCCGACAUGUAAUAACACGUGACAACAGAGACGAAGCAGUGCUGAGCGGGAGUAGGUUUCCGAACGCUGAGGGACGAAACCUUGACUCUGGAAUGAGACUCGGUAAAUUUUGGAACGCGGCGUCGACAUGUGUUCAACUGGUUAUAAGUAUCAAUAUUUGUACCCUGUUUCAUCUGUUCGUUUCUUUUUUGUGUGUGUGUGUGUGUGUUUUUUUUUUACUUGUGGGGCUAGAGCGCAUUGAAUUUUUGGUCGUUCUAUAUAUUAGCGUGUGGGUCUUUGGUGUCAAGAUGGGUCUUUGUGUCAAGUUGUGUCUUUGAAGGCAUUUCGUCGAAUAAAAGUUUCAUACUCAU